CCUCGAUCCAGCAUCUAGCAGCCAGUCAAGAUGUCUAACGUCAACAUCAGCAAGAAGAGAAAGGUAAAUAUCAGCUCCUGCUUCGAAUGGCACGCUGUUGUGCUGUGGAAUUGCACCGCAAGUGUCUUGAUUUAAGAAAUGUGGAAUGUGUCCUCGAUGGAGCGGCACCAGGGAGCAAACAUUUAUCGAGAGUGACGCGACAGGUAUUGGGAAUGGAAGAAUUGACAGGCAGGAAGAGAAAGGCCGCGUGGUGGAUAUGCGUUGCAUCCUUGACUGAGUGCAAAGCAUGACUAUGGAAGCCCAGUAGAAACAGGUUGGAGCAAGCGCAAGGUUGAAAUCGCCAAACGUUUCAAAUGCCGUCAAUUUGGAAUGCCGUCUGAUUGGCCUUCGCUCUUUGUUGUCCCGCAGUUCGUCGCCGACGGUGUUUUCGCCGCCGAGCUCAACGAGUUCUUUACUCGUGAGCUCUCGGAAGAGGGAUACUCUGGUUGCGAGGUCCGUGUCACCCACGCCAGGACCGAGAUCAUCAUCCGCGCCACCCACACCCAGGAGGUUCUUGGCGAGAAGGGUCGCCGCAUUCGUGAGCUUACCGCUCUUGUUCAGAAGCGUUUCCGCUUCCCGGAGGGCUCCCUGGAGCUUUACGCCGAGAAGGUCCAGAACAGGGGUCUCCAUGCGGUCGCACAGUGCGAGUCGCUCCGUUACAAGCUCCUUUCCGGUCUCGCUGUGCGCCGCGCCGCCUAUGGUGUCCUCCGCUUCGUCAUGGAGUCGGGUGCUAAGGGUUGCGAAGUCAUUGUCUCGGGCAAGCUCCGUGCCGCUCGUGCUAAGUCGAUGAAGUUCACAGACGGUUUCAUGAUCCACUCUGGUCAGCCCGUCCGCGACUUCGUUGACGAGGCUGUUCGCCACGUUCUCAUGAAGCAGGGUGUUCUUGGCAUCAAGGUCAAGAUCAUGCACGGAUGGGACCCCACCGGUCGCGCCGGCAAGGCCUUCCCGCUGCCGGACGCUGUCACGAUUCUCGAGCCCAAGGCAGAGCGCGAAUACACUCAGCCAACAUCGGAGUCCAAGAUGGCCCCACCACCAGUGCAGGAGGUCCCUCAGGCAUACCAGCAGAUGGCUCCUAUCGAUACCACUGCUCAGCCCGAGGUCAUCUAGAAGACUCUCCGCAAACUCUCGCUUUGCACAACUCGCUCUCACCUCGAUUCCGAAACCCCAGCCCCCUCGCCAGUGCGCGCCCUGUAGUUGCUUCAGGCGAAGUAUCGUUUCACUCAAUAGCAACGCCACACGAAAUGCAUCAGAGUGCUUGGCACGCGUUGAACAAACAUUCUCCGUCUUGAAUCAUAUGCUACAGUCACAAGCAAGAGUAUGCCGACGUCUGAGACGGAAAUAUUAAUCCUCGGGGAUGUAUCUGAG